ACAAAAGAAGAUAAAGCACUGCCAAACCAAACGCAAACCGAACUGCUGUUCCUUCUCCUCCUCUUUCUUUGAUCCUUCAUUCCGUUUCUUCCAAAACCCUAAAAUUCUCUCAAAGUCAUAUCAGAAUUUUCUUAUAUAUGCGUUGAUCUCCUUUCCAUUCUCAGGCAGACUUCCCAUAUGAGUAUUCAUGUCUAGGCAGCAUUCUUCCCCAUCCCUUAUUUUCUGCCAAACCCAUCACUUUCUUCCUAAAAAAUAAAGGGUGUAUCCAAAGGAGCUACAUUUGAUUUAAAUUUUUUUCUUUGAUCAAUUGUUUUUUUUGGGUAUAAUUUUGUGGGUUGGGUUUUGAUUCUAUGGCUGCGGUGGUGGAGAAGUGCACUGAGGCUACAAUUCCCAACAACAGCACUGUCAACAGUGUGGACAACAAGGAUAACAUUGACAGCAAUGGGAACAUCAAGAGUUCAGAGCCGAAACCGGAAUUCAAGGAAUUUAAUGUGCAAAAGCUGGUGGAUAUGUUCACAAAGUUGAAUCCUUUGGCCAAGGAGUUUUUCCCUUCAUCUUAUCAUAAUCAGAUCAAGAAAAAUCAUUUUUCGGUGAACAAUUUUGCGGUGGUGAAGCAACCCGGCAAUGACAAUGCUAAUUUCCAUGCUAACCCGAGGAGAAGAAAUAACCAGGGAAGAAGGAGACUGAAUGGUGGAGCAUUCAGAGCUCAAAGAGAAGAUAGUAUUAGGCGAACAGUUUAUGUAUCUGAUGUUGAUCAAACUAUUACGGAAGAGCAGCUUGCUGGCUUAUUUAGUAGCUGCGGAGAAGUUGUUGAUUGCCGUGUUUGUGGUGAUCCACAUUCAGUCCUUCGCUUUGCAUUUGUUGAAUUUGCCAGUGAGGAAGGUGCAAGAGCUGCUUUAAACCUUGGUGGGACCAUGUUAGGAUUCUAUCCAGUUAGGGUCUUGCCUUCAAAAACUGCCAUACUUCCUGUGAAUCCAACAUAUCUCCCUAGGUCAGAGGAUGAAAGGGAAAUGUGUAGUAGGACAGUAUAUUGUACAAAUAUUGACAAGAAGGUUUCUCAAGCUGAAGUGAGGAACUUCUUUGAAUCAAUAUGCGGUGAGGUUACUCGCUUGAGGCUUUUGGGUGACCAUGUGCAUUCGACUCGCAUUGCCUUUGUUGAAUUUGCAAUGGCAGAAAGUGCCAUUACUGCACUAAAUUGUAGUGGAAUGGUGCUGGGAAGCCAACCAAUAAGGGUAAGCCCUUCAAAGACACCUGUGAGGCCACAAGUUGUUCGCCCAACUGUGUAUUAAGUAGGUGGUGGAGUCCUUAAAGAUCCAUCCAUGGAAAUGGGCGACUUGCCUGUUGAGAGAAGAGAAAACAUUGUUGUGUUGAAGGGGUGUAGAAUAGUAGUUCAUUAUUUCCAUCUUUUCUGCCGCAACAUAACCAUUUUGUUUUGUUUUCAUGACUGGAAAAAUCUUCCCUUGCCCUAGAUUAAAUUGAAUUUUCUCCCUUCUCUAUCAUUUUGAUUCGUCAAUAUCAUUUCUGACUAGUUUAGCUUGAUGUUGUGUGGGGAUGCCAAAUGUUUUAGAAAAGUCUAAGAAAUCAAGAUAUAUGGUACUCUUUGGAAGAAAGGUAGCACUCAUCAUUAGUUACGUGGUCCGGUAAUAGAGUUAUUUGUAUUCUCAUGCUUUUGGCUAGAUGACACUUAAAAGAAAUCCACUGCUUGGUU